AUGUCUGUAGCGGCGAAGAGGGAACGACCAACGCUUUCUCUAGUACCCGGUGCUGCAUGGGACCCCAUUACGCCUGGCCUCACGUCAAAAAGCCCUUUAGCGCUGAAAACUCCACACAACCCGAAUGUCACACCCAUUUCUCUCAAGGGCUCAGACCACGAUUUGAGUCGACUGCCUUCUGGCGAACUAUUUGCUAGGUUCAGUGUUUCUGAAGUGCUCGCACUUCAGAAUCGACUUCGAAUUCGCAGAGCGGAGGCAGAUGGAAAGCAAGAGGAGCUGCGGCAAAUGGUUGGCGAACGCUACCGAGAUUUGUUGCAGGCUUCCACCUCAAUCUUGACCAUGCGCGACAGUUCAAACCGAGUCGUCUCUGCUCUUGACUCCCUUGAAGAGGCAUCAGCAGAUUCCGAAACCUCAGCAUUCCAAAGUAUUCCUCAUCAUCCAAGGAAGGGAGAGAGGGACGAUGGACAACUGGAAGUCUUGCAGUCUCUUUCCGCGCACCUUAAGCUUUUGAUGGACGCCCCAGAGCAGCUGUGGCGAUUACUGGAGAAGCAUCAGCAUCUGCACGCCUCAUGGCUCUUCUCAGUAUCCAGGGUGGUGUUUCGCAAUCUUGUCAAAAAUGGGGAUGACGAAGAAGACUCGGAGCAGCCCUGGAUUUCUAAGGGUAUCGUUGUGGAGGAAAGUUUCCCUCUCGCCCAACGGCAAUGGGAUGCUAUUAGCACAUUCCGACAUCAAAUUGUGCUCAGGUCAACACAGGACUUGCGUGUUUGGCUCAGAACUCCUCUCGAAACAUGCCACACCCUUAUCGCGCUGUUGCUCUUGGAUACCAUAUCAAUGUCCGAGAGUCUUGGUCUCUUUUUGUCCCAACGGUCUAAAGCGCUAAAAGGCCUGAUAUCUAAGCUUGGCAUGCUCGUGCCGACCUCACCUAGUCGAUCUCGACCAUCAUCACCAUUUUCUGCUGAUAGAAAGCAAAACUCGGAAGCUGCGGCCGAUUUACUGGCUGAUCUCGCUCUGGAUGGCAGCAGGGCUUCCCGCACACGACGGAAGGAGGCAGUUUCUGCACUUCGAGAAACGCUGCGCCAAGUUCUGGACCUCCUGAUUGGGACACUGGAAACUAGCCGGGCUAUCUUUGGUGCUGACGAUCUUAUGGAGCAGCCGCUCAUCAAACAGGUCCUCGAAUCAGUUCAGUCAGCACAGAUAAUAGGUCGACCCAACCAUCUGAAACAUAAAUCGCGCCUUUCAAUCAUCUCAUCGUUUCAUGCGACUCCAACCCCAAUAACCCCCGUUCUUCAAACUCUCUCUACAACCACGAUUUUUGAAUCUCUUCCUUCUUCCCAACUGCUUCUCCAGUUCCUACCGCCGUCCAUUAUCUUAUAUUCACCAUAUAUCGACACCUCAUCAGCUGCCUCCCAGUUGUCAGAGGAGGAUGUCCACAAAGCUCGGAAAGCAUGGUUUGAAGAGAGCCUCUCCUCCCUUGAAGCAAGCCUGCAGAUUUGGUUGGCUAAUCUGGACACACUGACCGACGUAUGGGACGUGAGAUGCGUGCUGCAUUCGUACAGUGACAGAAUGUCAACAGAGGAAUUCGGCGCUGCGAUAAAUGUAUUUGAUACGUCAUGUUUGGAGCGCGCAAAAGUGUUAUGGAAUGCAUCGCUAAAGGAUAUAGAAAAUAGCUUUUCGGCGUUCCUUGAGAAAGUCAAGGAUGACUUCAAAGGAGGCGAAAUUUCUGACCAAAUCAACCCAGAAAGCUUCUUACUGAGCUCCAUACCCCAUCCCUCAUCACCUCGCUCCCCCAACCUAUCGUUUGUGGCAUUCCGCAAAGCUCUUGACAAUCGAAUAGCGUGGCGCAUCCCUUAUCUCAGCGCGAUGGGAAAGACUUUCCAGAGGGCCGUCAGGGACCUCAACAGUCAUUUCGUUCAUUUGCGAGGGAUCCUUUUGGGAGGUUUGCGAAGGAUCUUUCCUACCGUUCCUAGUUCUGACGUUUCGUUACCCAGUGGCUUUAUCGAUCGGGUGGACCGGGAUUACAGUGAAGCGUCACUCAAGACGUGCAUCGAAAUAGGACGAACAUUGAGCGCACGUCUUGAUUCAAUAACAUCAUCCGAUGAGGUUGUAACAGAUGCAAUAGCAGUUGCGGAGUCGCUUCUCAUUGGACGACUCGCACACAACUUGGCGGACUCGCUUUAUACUCGCGUGCUUUGUCGGCAGCAGGAAAUUCCAAAAGGCGGGUACGUUCAAUUGCCGCUGCAGGCGGUGUUCAAACGAUCCAUUUCGUUGUGGGAGCGAUAUGCAAUCGAUCGCAGUGUCACGGCAUACGCAACAGCUAGAUUCGAUUUUCCGGACAACCCGACUCCGCCGCGACCGUCACCUGCGCUUAUUCAGGCUUUGCUACUACUUGUUGACGAAGUGCAAUUGCUCGGACUGCCAUUUGCGUCAUCUGAGUUCAGAACAGUUCCGGCAGCGCUCCUAGGCGGAUUUCUUGAAGAUAUUUCCUCAUCCUCGAAGCUCAAUAGGCAGCAGAACAAAUACGACACUGCCUUCUUGGGACGUUUGAUAGUCUUAUCGCUGGCGGGUAAUUGUCAAAAUGGGACGGAUCGCUCACCCAAUCCUUCUGAUCGUGCAGCCAUAGAUCAGGAGAUCGCCCGUGUUCAGCUUUUACUCGGACCCCUGUUAAGAAUCACUCGGCCACCAGAAGCCCUGUUGCUUGGGAAGAUAGAUCGUUUGGCAACUGCGCUUCUUCCUCUCGGACCGCCUCCGCCACAGGAAGAUCUUACGCCCACUCUCGACUUAGCAAAACUUGGGUCACGUUUCGGCCUCCUCCUCGUAGGAAGUACCGCCGCAAAAUGAAGUUAUGGUAUUAUGCAUUCAUCAUAUUUGUCAUAUUGCAUCCAUAUCAUGGCAUCUCAAGACCGUUUUUGUCAGCUUCCAUCCACUCCGUGUUGAGUUCUUCUACUGCCGCUUCGAGCAAUGUCCCAACUAGAUGUCUGUCUGCGGCACUGCCCUCUAGAUAGUACUUGAUCUUAGGUUCUGUCCCACUCGUCCUAUGAGUCUC